AUGGAUCAUGAUGCAGACCUCAUUGCCAAAGUCUAUCCAAUCAUGGAAGAUGGGUCUCACGCCGUCAUCAACGCCAUCGGAGGGACUAGUAGGCAUUGCGUUUUCCCAUCACCGCCGCGCCCGUCGCCCAUGCCCUACGAUUCACGGGAGCCGACCCCUCUGCUUGAUCCAACGUUGGAAGAGCCUGAAGUGGCUGGGAAAUCCUACCUUGAGCUCAGGUUUAGCUGCGUCCCGGAAACUUCCCAUGGGUUUCUCUUUGGUCGUAAUCCUAGGUGCGAUGUAGUUCUGCCGAACCUCGUGGGACUCAGCCAUUACCACUUUGCCGUUACAUUUGACGAUUCUCGACGCCUCGUGGUCAGUGACCUACACUCCACCACGGGGACACAAGUGACGUAUAACCGUGAGGGUAAAGGUUUCCGCCGCGGCCAUCGGUGGAUCAUUGGCGGCGUCAAAGAAGCUGAUGCCGCUGAUAUUAUCGUCAGCCUAUAUGGCAAGAUCUCAUUUCGCAUCGUCGCCAACGUCUCUGAGCGCAUCAGGACAUUACCAUCCAGCUCGGAAGUGUACAAUACACGGGUUGCUGCCUACCGCACUGGAGCAGCCGACGCCGGCAGCCUUUUUGCGGACCUGAAUCUCAGGAUCCAGCAAAAGACCGAGCUUCCCUCCGGAGCACAGACGCCCGGAACAGAGAGUAUUUGCCUAGGAAUGGAGAUCGGAAGGGGGGCUUUUGGUCUAGUGACUCGUUAUUGGAACGUCCAGACUAGUUACCGAUAUGUGGUAAAGAGUCCACUCCCAGAACGUAUCGCAGCUGGAAACGUGAACGUGGCUGCAUGGCAAAAUGAGGCUCACAUAAUGAGGCUUGCGUCGCAGCAUCGCCAUCCCAACAUUGUCCAGUUUCUCGAUGCGACCUUUGACCCCUAUCCUCAGCUCCUCUUUGAAUUCGUUGCCGGAGGCUCUCUAGAGGAUCAUACCAAUUUGUCCGCCGUGGAGAGGCACAUGGUGCUCUGCCAAGGUCUCUCUGCGCUCGUCUACCUACACGAGAGCGACCCCCCAAUUGUCCAUCGUGACAUUAAGCCGGGGAACAUCCUCGUCAGCAGCCGCGGUGAAGGCCGUAUCUACAUCAAGUUCGGCGACUUUGGCAUGUCCCGAGACUACAAUGACAUGUCCACUAUCUGCGGCACGGCUAAUUAUCUCGCGCCCGAGAUGUGGGCCAGCGACGAUUACACAAGAGCCGGCGGCGGCGAACGCCAGAGCUACAGCGAACGUGUCGAUGUCUGGUCCCUGGGCGUCGUCAUGUACGAGCAGCGGUGCCCCCUACCCAGCAGAAAGUCGAGGAGAGGGAACGGGGGCUGGACUCACGGCCUCGAUUGGUAUCGCAGUAUGCUGGAUCGCUUCUGGGGCGACUGGCAACAGAGCCGCAGUGCGCUCUCUAGACUGCUUCUCGACAGGAUGCUAGUGGUGACGCCGUCGCUGCGAGACUCGGCGCGUGUGUGUCUAGAGCACGCACUUGAGCUCACUCCUGAUGUUGAUGGCAACAAUGCCCGCAGAGGUGCCGACAAUGAUGUGGAUGCGAAUGCGGGCGACGACAAGAACGACCACGACGACAGCAACAACACCGACAACAGCAACAACACCGACAACAGCAACAACACCGACAACAGCAACAACACAGACAACACAGACAACAGCAGGACGUCCCGGGGGCUGGAGCAGGCGCCACAGCCGCAUCCCAUAGAAGCGCUCGAUCCCUUUUCUUCGGUGAGCCUGGACUGGUGCGGAUGA